AUGCAGCUGAAGGUGUUUGCUGAUGAAGUGCAGCAGCAGGCCCAGCUCUCAACCAUCCGCAGCUUCCUCAAGCUCUACACCACCAUGCCGGUGGCCAAGCUAGCUGGCUUCCUAGACCUCACAGAGCAGGAGUUCUGGAUCCAGCUUCUUGUCUUCAAACACAAGAUGAAGAACUUGGUGUGGACCAGUGGUAUCUCUGCCCUGGAUGGCGAGUUUCAGUCGGCCUCCGAAGUUGACUUCUACAUUGAUAAGGACAUGAUCCACAUUGCAGACACCAAAGUUGCCAGACGCUAUGGGGAUUUCUUUAUCCGCCAAAUCCACAAAUUUGAGGAGCUUAAUCGAACCCUAAAGAAGAUGGGACAAAGACCCUGAGGACAUUCACACCCAUGUUUAUCAGAAAUGUGUUCUAAUAUUAUAGAUUGGAAGUGUUUUUGCACCAUGAAAUCUUUACCUAGAUCAGCCAUCAGCCUGUCAACUGAGUUGAAAUCUAUUCAAAUAAAGGACUAAGAUAUUUUAAG